CAUUUCCCAAACAAUUUAGAGUAUUCAUGAGGUUACGCAAAUGUGGAGGCAGCAAAAUUACCGUAAUCAAUUGAAGCGGCGAGCAUGCGUCCGUCGACAGCUCUGAUUACCCGGAGAUCAGCCUGAUGUGAAUGUCACAAGGAGAGGAGCUGUUAAAUUGCUGUUGAAUUUGGGAGAAAAAGAAGGAGAAAUCUUUGCAGAGGAUAAGAGACUAUGGAAGUCCGCUACAGCCAAGACUCGGAGUCCGGAAUGUUGUUGAAGAAUGGACUAAAAGAGGGGAAAGAGGGAAAGGAUUCCCAGGGGAACAUUUCAAAAACGUUCCUGAAGGACCAGCAGGAGUCCUUCUCUCCAUCCGAACCGGUGGAAAACUGCGAAAAGAGCCGGACGAGCUCAGCAGAUCCUGAUUACUGCCGGAGGAUUCUAGUUCGGGAUGCCAAAGGUUCGAUUCGAGAGAUUAUUCUCCCCAAGGGUUUGGAUCUAGACCGACCAAAGCGUACUAGGACCUCGUUCACAGCAGAACAGCUGUACAGACUGGAGAUGGAGUUUCAGCGGUGCCAGUAUGUUGUGGGACGAGAACGAACCGAACUUGCCCGACAACUUAACCUAUCUGAAACUCAGGUAAAGGUGUGGUUUCAGAAUCGUCGCACUAAGCAGAAGAAGGAUCAGGGCAAGGAUUCAGAGCUGCGCUCCAUGGUCUCUGAGACAGCCGCCACCUGCAGCGUCCUGCGUCUCCUGGAGCAGGGCCGGCUCCUCACUCCCCCAGGCCUGCCAGGGUUGCUGCCCCACUGCGGGAGCUCGUCGCUAGGCUCAGCCCUGCGUGGGCCGUCCCUGGGCAUCACCGCUAAUGGAGGCUCCUCCAGCAGCAGUAGCAGCAGUGCCGCCAGCUCAGGCACAGCCGGGGGGAGCCCGCCGCUGCCAGCGGUGACCAGUUCGGGGACAGUCACAGGACUGCAGGGAUCUUCGCCUGCCCAUGGGCUGUUUAGCUUCCCUAUGCCCUCUCUGCUCGGGUCGGUCUCCUCACGCAUCUCCUCCACCCCGCUUGGCAUGGCUGGAUCCCUCGCGGGGAACUUGCAGGAACUUUCUGCCCGCUUCCUGAGCUCGUCCGCAUUUGAGCCCUACUCGCGGACAAAUGGCAAAGAAGCAUUAGACAAGAAAGUUUUGGAAUGAUCAAUAGGGGUUUCUUUUUGUCCUUUUAUUAUUUUUUAUUGUUGUUGUUGUUUUGAAAUUAAUUUGAGCUCUGAUUAUCUCUCUUUUUUAAUCACUUUCGCCCCCUUUUGUCUCAUCAGUGCUGUUAUGUUUUCAGUCUUGCGUUUUUUCAUGUCGUCAACCUGCACACUUGAUGCCUCUCAGAAUUGUAAAGAGGUGGACUCAUACUUUUCAAAAUCGAGGAUUUUCAGAGCAUUUUGCACUAAAUCAAAGUUUCUCCAAUUUGACACAAAUGAGAGCUUGAGGAAGGAAUGUAGCAAGAGAUUAUGGAGGGGAAGAGAGAUGAAAAUGGUUGCUGAGGCAAUAUUUUCGGGAAACUUUUUUUCCCACAUACGUUUUGGAGCUGGACAGUUAUAUUCAGAUUAAAAACUAAUCUGAAAACUGAUGGGUUGAAAAAAAAAAACAGUACAGAACAUAGACCCCCCGAUAAAAACUGAACUCACGGCAACAUCCUUCAUGUUUUCAGUUGGAAGAGCGAUCUAAAUGUGUGAUUUUUACAUAGUGGCGUUUACCAAGUCCCAAAUAAUGAAAUAUAUUGGGAUUCAUUUCCAAAGGUUAGCAUACAAUACGGUCAUACUGUGGCUUUAUAUACACAAUUUGCUUACAGAGGUCAUGAAUUUGCCAUAUGAAGCUAUAAGAUUAGAUGUCUAUACCAUUUUGUAUUCGUAUACAAAUAUUUGUAUUGUAUUUGGUUAAACAUGUUCUGACCAAAUGGAAGGAAAACGCUGUCACACCGUUAAAUAGUCCAGUAGUCCUGUGUUCAUUGUUCUCUAAAUGGUUUCUUUGAGGGUGCUCCCCAAAAUGAGUUUUGAAGGCAGUCUCAGUUUGUGAGUUUGUAUGUCUUAAAUAUGCAGUUUUUCUCCUUUGUGCGUGCGUGUGUGUGUGUGUGCUGGUACUGAAGUUGUAGUCCUGGUUUCCAUGUUAAGGUGCGUGUUUAACUGAAAACCCUUCGAGAAAACUUGAGAUGUCAUUGCCUGGGAUUAAGCUCCAGAGCAUCUACGUGACCCUUGCAUUAUUGGACUAAAUGUGUUUGCUGUGAGCGGCAACCCCUCUACCAAUGCGGCAAAGUUUUCCAGAAGAAUUUGAAGCCCUUUCUAUAAUCAGAGCUGAGACGAGGCGGAUCUCUGAGGGACGAACAGGGUACGAUUACUGUAGUAUAA